AUGACGCCCGAGCGAUGCGAGGCGGAGCUUCGAUCGAUGGCGACGAAGACGAGCCCGAUCGUGCGGUUCAUGAUUGAAAAGAUGCGCGAGGCGGGAUGCGCGAUCGAUGCGAGGUUUUUUCGCGUCGAGCGGUGCGAGGACGCGGUGGUUGGGGGAUUCCGACCGCCGGACGGGGUGGUCAUGUGUCACAAUCAGAUUCACGACAGAACGACCAUGGAGAACAUGUUGGCGCACGAGUUGAUACACGCGUACGAUCAGUGUCGAGCGGGGAAGAAGAUGAAUUGGUUGGACGUGAAACAACACGCGUGCUCGGAGGUGCGGGCGGCGAAUCUGAGUGGGGAUUGUCACUACGUGAACGAGUUGAUGCGCGGGCGCGUCUUGUUCAACGUCGGGGGGCAUCAUCAAAAGUGCGUGCGCAGACGAGCAGAGCUGUCGGUGGCGAUGAACCCGAACUGUAAGAGCGCGCAGCACGCGAAAGAGGCGGUGGACGAGGUGUUCGAGCGGUGUUUUAACGAUACGGCGCCGUACGAUGACAUUCCGUAG